AUGGAGUUUAGGAGAGUCCACUCAAACUACUACAGAACAUUGUUGCUUACCAUGAUGAUGUUUAAGUGGGGGAUAUUCUGCUCUGAGUCCUCUGAAAAGUGUCUGUCCGGGCCAUGCCAGAACGGAGCCACCUGCGUGGACACUAUGGACGACUACGUGUGCCUGUGUCCCAGGGAGACGGUGAUGUACAUGGGGAAGGACUGCGAGCAGCUGUACGACGGCUGCGUUUUCGCCGCCUGCCCCAACUGCACCAGCAUACCUGGCACGGAGGAGUACACCUGCGCCUGCCCCAAGGGCUUCUCCGGGCCCAACUGCACGGUGGACAUCAACGAGUGUGAGAGCGACCCCUGCUCCGGGGAGCGGGAGUGUGUGGACAGCGUCGCCGGCUACUUCUGUCUCUGUCCGCGCGGCUAUGGCGGGGCGGACUGCAAGACCCCCGUCCGCGACUGCAGCGUGGAGCCGUGCCUCAACAACGGCAGCUGCGUGGCCCGGGCCGACGGCUACGGGUGCGAGUGCUCCCCGGGCUUCCGGGGGGAGCGCUGCGAGGAGGACGUGGACGAGUGCCUGUCGCGCCCCUGCAAGAACGGCGCCCUCUGCAUGGAUGGCGUCAACCAGUACCGCUGCUUCUGCGUGCCCGGCUUCCAGGGCUACCACUGCGAGAUCGACAUCAACGAGUGCGCCUCCCGGCCCUGCGAGAACAACGCCACCUGCAUCAACGGGAAGGACCGCUACGCCUGCGAGUGCCUGCUGGGGUUCGCGGGUGUGAACUGUGAGACGGAGAUUGAUGAGUGUGCAUCCAACCCCUGUCAGAAUGGGGCUACCUGUCAGGACCUGCUGGGACUGUACAACUGUGAGUGUGUCCCAGGGUUUGAGGGCCUGGACUGUGAGAUCAACAUUGAUGAAUGUGCCAGCAUGCCCUGUCUCAACAACGGCAACUGUACUGACCUGGUGAACAGUUUCUCAUGUGACUGUGGUGACACCGGGUACAUGGGAGAGCGCUGUGAGGAGGACAUCCCAGAGUGCGCGUCCAAUCCCUGCCAGAACGGUGCCACCUGCCUGGAGGGUGUGAAACUGUACACCUGCGUCUGCUGGCCUGGGUAUGAGGGCGAGUUCUGUGAGGUGGAUAUCGAUGAGUGUGUGGACGAACCUUGUGAGAAUGGAGGUCAGUGCAUCCAGCGCUCGGACAAGAAGCACUACGGCGAGAUGCCAAAGCGGGACUGGGAGUUCUAUGCCUACGCAGCUGGAUACCUGUGCCGCUGCCAACCUGGGUACACAGGAGAGACCUGCUCAGUGGAGAUUGAUGAGUGUGAGUCCUCGCCCUGUCAGAAUGGGGGAGGGUGUGAGGACAAGAUCAACGGCUACACCUGCUCGUGUCUGCUGGGGUUCACAGGUGUGGACUGUGAGGUGAACAUUGAUGAGUGUGAGAGCCAGCCCUGCCAUAACGGGGGUGUGUGUGAGGACGGUGUGGCCAGCUACACCUGCCUCUGCCCAGAGGCCGCACCCGGCGCCCUGCCCUGGGGGGGGCGUCACUGCGACGUGCAGCUGACAGGCUGCGUGGGCCACGCCUGCGAAAACGCCGCCACCUGCCGGGCCUGGGUGGAUGAGGGCGGCCAGCACGGGCACACCUGCCUGUGCCCGCCGGGGUUCUACGACGAGGUCUGCGCCACGCCCACCACCUUCUCCUUCUCCACCCCCGGCUUCGUCGUCAUUGAGGUGCCACAUGCCGACCGGAGCCGCAGGGAGGUGGAUCCCCGAGUGCCCAGCGUGAGCAUGCGGUUCCGCACCACCCUGCCCAACAUGCUCCUGUUCCACCGGGGCCACGACCGCAGCUUCCUGUCCCUGGAGAUCGUGGGCGGCGGCCUCCAUGCCAGGGCCGUCUCGGGCGAUGUGGCCCUGGAGGCCCGGUUCACAGGCCCGGUCAACGACGGCGGCUGGCGUGAGGUGGGCGUGGCUGCGGGGGAGAAGCUCGUGCUGGUUCUGAAGGGGACAGGGUGUGACAGUGAAGGCUGCCGGGUGGAGGACGGGCGCCGGAAGGGGGCUCCCUUUCACCCCCCGCCAGAUGCCCUUACCCGCGUAUUUGUGGGUGGGGUCCCAGAAGACUACCUGGACAUAACUAUGACUAGAACCGGAUUCAUUGGCUGUAUAGAAGAUCUACUGAUCGACUCCAGGCCCGUUCUGCCGCAGAACAUCCCAUCUGACCAGGCCCAGGACCUGGAGCUGGGCUGCACUAAGACAGAAUGGUGCCACACAGACCCCUGCUCCUCCCAUGGGCUCUGCGUCGACCUGUGGACCAGCUUCCGAUGCGACUGCCACCGUCCUUUCCAUGGCGACAGCUGUGCUGAUGAAUACCCUACGUGGACAUUCAGCCACGAGGAUACCUCGAGCUACGCCUCCUAUGCCAUCACAGACAGCCACGGCUCCAACUUCAGCAUCUCGUUCUUUAUGCGCUCGCUGAAGCCGGACGGGCUGCUGCUUCAGCUGCGGAGGAAGAGGGCGCCGUACUUCAGUGUGUUCCUGCAGAUGGGCAGGGUCCUGGCCAGCGCCCCUGCCGCGCCCCCCGCCACGGCUCCCGUCUUCGUCGCCACGGGGGAGUGGCAGCUGGUGGAGGUGGAGCUCCGGCGUGGAAGUGUCGCAGUCAUGCACGGCGGCGUGCGCUACCCGCUGGGGGCGGUGCCCGAGGUGGGCGUGGAGGCGGGGGACGUGGCGUACGUGGGCGGCCUCCCGAGGGGCGGGCUCCCGAGGGGCAGCGACGUCCAGGCCUGGGGCGGCCACUUCAAGGGGUGCCUCCAGGACGUGCGCGUGGACCGGGUCAGACUGGACGUGGACGCCAGCGCCGAGGACAGCUACCGCCCCAGCAACGUCGUCAACGUGGAUCCGGGCUGUGUCAGUGAUGACACAUGCCGGGGGGAGCCGUGUCAGAAUGGAGGGGAGUGCGCGGUGACCUGGAACGACUUUUCAUGCUCGUGUCCCACUUUCUUCACGGGGAAGGUGUGCGAGACACGCGUGUGGUGCGUCAGCAACCCAUGUGUCAUGGGCAGCAGCUGCGUGGACCUGCCUGAUGGAUACGAGUGCAUCGCAGAAGCCACGUUUGAGAACAACGCCCUGCGGUACAGCGCCAGCGGUUCCCUGGUCACCUCGGUGACCAGCAUCUACAUGGAGCUGCGGACGCGGGCGGCGGACGGGCUCCUGCUGCGAGCGUCCCGGGCGGGGGAGCUCUUCAGCGUGGGGCUGCUCAACUCCUCCCUGCUGGUGAGGAUGCGCGACGCCAACAGCGUGGAGGCGCUGGCCUUCUCCAGCCGGCGGCCCGUCGCCGACGGCAAGUGGCACCGCGUGCGGGUCUCCAUGGAGGACCCCCGGCAGGCGGCCUCCCGCUGGCUCAUCACCGUGGACGGGUGGGGCGAGGGCCGCAGCGCCGACGCCCUGGCGAGCCCCGACUUCCUGCGCGAGGCGCCACUGUGGCUGGCGGAGGACUUCGUGGGCUGCCUGGGGACGGUGCGGGUGGGCGAGGUCUACCUGCCGUUCGUGGACGACCGCAACCCGCCCCAGCAGGCCCGCUUCGUCAGGGAGGCGGGGAAGAGGCUUCGGAUGGGGUGCAUCGGCGCUCCCGUCUGCCUGUCCCAGCCCUGCCUGAACGACGGGACCUGCCAGGACCUCUUUAACCAGUUCGGCUGCUCCUGUGCCCCGGGGUGGGAGGGCCAGUACUGCCAGGACGACAUAGACGACUGCGCCUCCAGCCCCUGUAUCCACGGCGCCUGCACUGACCUCCUGGCCGGCUACCUCUGUGACUGCUUCCCCGGUUACGCGGGCAAACGGUGCCACAUCAAUCUGGACGAGUGCCAGGACCACGCCUGUGAGAACGGGGGUACCUGCAUAGAUGGAGUGAACAGCUACACCUGCCUCUGUCCUCCGGACUUCUCCGGACCCCUCUGCCAGUGGCAAUAUCCACCCCUGACGUGUGAGGAGGAUGUACAGUGUGUUUAUGGCGUCUGCAAUGAUGGGCCCUGGGGGGCCAACUGCACCUGCACACCAGGUUAUGGAGGGGACAGGUGUGAGGCAGAAGCAGACGAGUGUGAGUCUAACCCCUGCCAGAAUGGGGGUACCUGUCUGGAUCGGUUCAACAAGUUCUUGUGUCUGUGUGCACCUGGCUUCUUCGGCCCAAACUGCGAGACCAGCAAGCAGCAGCAGAGAGACGGGGUCUCCUGGCUGAUGGUGGCCAUCCCCCUGGGCUGCUGCUUCCUCCUGCUGGUCGUCAUCGGCCUGAGCGUCAUGGUGAUGACCGCGCGGAAGAAGCGGCAGUCGGAGGGCACCUACAGCCCGAGCCAGCAGGAGGUGGCGGGGGCGCGGCUGGAGAUGGACAGCAUGCUCAAAGUGCCGCCCGAGGAGCGGCUCAUCUGA